CUGCUUCUACAGCUGCUCUUAACCCGCUCGAGCUCUGCUUACCGUUUCGUAGGAAAGAGGAGUGCUGAGCCUGAACACACAACGCCAGCAGAUGGUGCGGGAGCAGUAUGUCACCACCACCCAGGGCAGCAGCUCGCCCAGGUCGGUGCCCGACAGUGUCUACAAGAUCGGCAUCUACGGCUGGAGGAAGCGCUGCCUCUACCUGUUUGUCCUGCUGCUCAUCAUCAUCUUGGUGGUCAACUUCGCCCUCACCAUCUGGAUCCUCAGGGUGAUGUGGUUCAACACGGAAGGGAUGGGACACCUACAAGUAAACACAGAAGGGGUCAAGCUGGAGGACGGAGAGUCGGAGUUCCUUUUCCCUCUCUACGCUCAGGAGAUCCACUCCAGAGAGGACCAUUCACUUCUUGUGCACUCAAUGGAAAAUGUUUCGCUUAAUGCCCGCAAUGAAAAUGGUGAUGUCACGGGGAGGAUAUCUGUGGGUCCAACAGAGGCUCAGGGACACACUCGAAAUCUGCUCAUUAACUCCCACAAUGACAACAUGCUGUUCAUGGCAGAUGGCGACCAGGCUGUGAUUGGACCAGACAAACUACGAAUCACAGGGCCUGAAGGAGCCCUGUUCCAGCAUUCAGUGGAGGUGCCCCUGCUGAAAUCUGAACUUUUGAAAGACCUGAGGUUGGAGUCUCCUACUCGCUCUCUCAGUUUCGAAGCACCAAAAGGAGUCCAUUUCAAAGCGCUGGCCGGCAACAUUGAAGUUGCUUCUAACAUGGACAUCAUACUGCAGUCUAGUAUAGGACUGCUGGUGCUGGAUGCUGAGACGGUGCGCAUGCCGAGCUUGCCCCUGAGCGAGGGAGGGGCUCCUGGAAAUGCUCAGGGUCUCUAUGAGGUCUGCGUUUGUUCCAGCGGCAAGCUCUUUCUGUCCAAGGCUGGGGUCACAUCCACUUGCAGCGAGAAUCAGGAGUGCUAGAAAGACUCUGACAAAGGUAAUCGAUUUUCCAUCUCUCAGUAGAUGCAUCUUCUGGGAGGCAACAAGCACAACUGUUUAUAUUUGGCCAGGAUUAUUUUUUUUCUUUUGUUUUUUAAAAAUCUUUAUACCACAGUGGGUCUCUGAUGAUCUCAGAGCUAAGAUCCCACUGGCACAUCGAGGCCUGUAAAAAUACAAAUGCCUGCUGGCGUACAUGUAGGAGAUGUCAUGAAAUGCAUCCUUUUAGUUGCAUUUAUGAUCCUCUAACCAUUCAGCCGAAACACGUCGUUCCAAAUGUAUCAGCAUCAGAGCUUUGUGAAGAUUUUUUACACACACAGUAUCGUGGCUGGGCAAUGAGGCGCUGGCAACAGCUUACAUCCUAUGCAAUAUUAUCUUGUGGUGCAAUAAAUAAAUUGACACACAUCAAGGGCUUGGAAUAAUAAAUAAAAAAAACUCUCAAAUGCAGACAGAAUGUUAUUUUGGUUUACAUAUGCCCUUCUGGGUCCAAGCCCUUGGUAUGUAUUUUUUUGUCUUGGUGUUCAGCAUGUUUUUAUUUAACUGGGAGGGAAAUUUGAUGAAAUGCUGGUAAAUAUUUUGUUAUUGUAACUUCAGAGAUUGAUUUUUUUUUUUUUACUCUAUUUAGAUAAAACACUAGGCAUCAAAAAGUUGUUUUGUUUAAACUCCUUUUUAAAGGGUUGACAUUACAAUACCAUGUCCUUAUGGUACCAUAAAGUGUGAUUAGUGUGGUAUCAUGUAAUUGUGGUUUUUUUUUUUUUUUUUUUUUAGUGAAUACAAUUAUGUAUGUUUUGCCUGUGUAUUUUUAAGCCCCACAUAAGCAUGCAAUAAUGCAUUAGCUACAAGACAGUUUUUCUUGCAAGUAAGCUGGUCAGUUGGUCUGGAAAACAAUGGUAUCAUUUCAGUUUUGCUUUGAGUCAAAUAUGCCUUAAUUUUUUGCAGUUCUCACACAUA